CAUCCGCGAAAUGCAACUACCAGGCUCAGACCCGCUUAAAGUGGUUUGUCUUUCAGAUUCGGAGCUUGGAUCUGGAUGGUUGAUGAUUUAUAGAAAACAUUAUAAUUCACCAAAACUUAAUCGCACUUAUGAGGAUUUUGACAGUGGAUUUGGCGAUCUCGGAACUGAUUCUAUACCUUAUUACUUUAUUGGACUCAAUCGAUUGCACAUUCUGACAAGCGGAAUGGCUCAUGAAGUGAUCUUAACCACCUUCCCCCUUGGGAGAAGAAGAUGCGAACACUUUGUUAUAGGCGAUAGACGAGAAGGCUUCAAGGUGAAAAGUAUUGCCAAUUGUACUGGAGACGACAUAUGGCUGAGCCCUAAGCAGGGCUCCAAAUUUUCCACCUUCGAUCAAGAUGAGGAUGGAGUUCCUGGUCGAAAUUUGGUGAAGGAAGAGGGCUUUGGCUGGUGGUUCGAUCCUGAUAUGAGUCGUAUAAGCCACGAAAGUGAUCACAUUGGAGUAUUCAUCCGAAGAACAGGAUGAAGAAAAAAAGCAGCUUUUUAAAACGGACUUGGAAAAUUAUACCAUUAAGGAUUAGGAAGAUUUAAAGAUAAUAAAUAUGCACUAAAAUGUAAUUGUUUAAAGUUUAAAAUUAU